UCUGAGGCGUAUUUGUGCUUCUCUCUCCCAUCGUGUUUGUAAAUCUGAGAGACAGAAGAAACAAGAAGAAAAAGAGAUUGAUAAUGUCUGGAUUGGUGGUGGGAGGAGCAGCAGCGAGCUCGUGGGGCCGAGCCUUGGUGAAGAUCAAUCCUUACACAUUUUCCGCUAUUGGUAUCGCCAUUUCCAUCGGUGUUUCUGUACUCGGUGCUGCUUGGGGAAUUUAUAUAACAGGAAGUAGCUUAAUUGGUGCUGCUAUUAAAGCCCCUAGAAUUACUUCCAAAAAUCUUAUCAGCGUAAUUUUUUGCGAGGCCGUUGCUAUAUAUGGAGUCAUUGUAGCAAUCAUUCUUCAAACAAAGCUCGAGAGUGUUCCGUCAUCGCAGACAUAUGCACCUGAAUCCCUCAGAGCAGGAUAUGCAAUUUUCGCUUCAGGCAUAAUUGUUGGCUUUGCAAACCUUGUUUGUGGAUUAUGUGUUGGAAUUAUUGGAAGCAGCUGUGCUUUAUCAGAUGCCCAAAACUCGUCACUAUUUGUAAAGAUCCUCGUGAUAGAAAUAUUUGGAAGCGCCCUUGGCUUGUUUGGAGUCAUCGUGGGGAUCAUAAUGUCUGCUCAAGCAACGUGGCCUACCAAGGUGUGAGAUCGCGUCUGCAAAGUUAACAAUUAUUAUUGUUCUAUUGUUUUUCAUAAUAUAUAAUCCUCCCAUGUUGGUUUGUUGCUUCGUUCUUCAAUAUAAAAGCUUUUGUGAAACAUAUGAUUCCAGAUUAAUGACAAUUAUAUAUGUUAAGUUCUGAAA